UAUUAGCAAUUUUGUCGGGUCUGGAAUAUAAAAUCAAAGAAAGUAAUGUCACUUUGGACCCAUUAGAUCUUCUCAUACAUUGAACCUGCUGAAACAUAUACUUAUAAAUAUUCUCAUCACACACAGUUUACUUUGUAAAUACUUCUUUUCUUUGUUGCUGAAAGAUCUCUGAGCUUGAUUGAUAGGAGAUGUUCUAGAUUCUUGCCUUCAUUAUAGGAAAGCUUGGUCUCCCUCUCUCUGUCUUUCAAGGCCUGCAUGUGGGUAGUAGACUAUUAGCUAUUUGGAGUUGUUCUGCUGCAGAUAAGUAGCUUUCGCUUCUCUAUUAUUGAACAUUGAAGGAUUAUUGUUGAUAUUGUUCUGUUUCUGUUUCUGUUUUGACUGUUUGUGGUUUUUUGGUAAAUUUCAACUGAGAUUUUGAGUUUAUAAAUGAAGGGUUUGUAUUUGUUUGCUUCGUGAGAAUUGAAAAUGUAUGCUUGAGGAUCUAGAAAGUUCUGGGAUUUGAUGGGAUUCUCCAAAAAGGAAAAAUAAGAAAUGGCUAUUCUUUGUUUUGUGUAUAAUAGCUGAGAAGGUAGUGAACCAAUUGAUAAUUAGAUUCUAAGAGCUUAAAGCGUCAUCUUUAUAAGGUUUAUGGAAAAUGGGUUCAUGGGUAUGAAUCUAAUUUGUUCUAAAACUGACAAAAUGGAAGGAAAUUUGUCACGAGGAUGUAUGCUUCCUGGUGGUUCUCCUUUUGGAGGCCUUGACUUGGAAGGAGCGGUAAGAAUUCAUCAUCAAACACAAUAUCCACAUGCUAUACACAAUCAACAACGCCCUAUCCAUCGCCAGGGCUCCUCAGUCCAUCCCUCAAUUCAUGAGGGUUUCCCCCUUACCAUAGGGGCCUUGAAUAACUCUGAUCAAACCAUUUCCAAGACUAAUUACAACAAAGGAGAGAAGAUGAAAAAUUCAGCAAGUGAUGAGGAUGAGCCAAGCUAUACUGAAGAUGAUGGCAAUGGUCACAGUGAAGGGAAAAAGGGAUUGCCUUGGCAGCGUGUUAAGUGGACUGAUAAGAUGGUGAGGCUUUUGAUAACUGCUGUGUCUUAUAUAGGUGAGGAUAUGUCUUCGGAUGGUGAUGGUGGGGUGAGAAGAAAGUUAGCUAUUUUACAAAAAAAAGGCAAAUGGAAAUUAAUUUCCAAAGUCAUGGCUGAAAGGGGUUUCCAUGUUUCACGUCAGCAAUGUGAGGAUAAAUUCAAUGAUCUUAACAAAAGGUAUAAAAAGCUAAAUGACAUGCUUGGGAGGGGAACUUCUUGUGAAGUUGUGGAGAACCCGGCGCUUCUAGUUCAUAUAGAUUAUCUAACAGAGAAAGAGAAAGAUGAUGUCAGGAAAAUAUUAAGCUCGAAGCAUCUCUUCUAUGAAGAGAUGUGUUCAUAUCAUAAUAGUAAUAGAUUGCAUCUACCUCAUGAUCCGGCAUUGCAACAUUCCUUGCAAUUGGCACUUAGAAGUAAAGAUGAUCAUGAUAAUGAUGAUAUUCAAAGGAACCAAAAAUAUGAUCUUGAUGAAGAUGAUCAAGAAGUGGAAACUGAUGACCAUGAUGAAUUUGAAGAGAAGCAUCCUUCCCAUGGCAAUGACAGGGGAAUAUAUGGGGUCUUAGGGGGUUCUAUGAAAAGGUUGAGACAUGGCCGGGGCUGCAAAGAUUCCUGUUUUUGGAAUCCAUCUCAAGAUGGUAACAAAGGCUCCUAUCCUCAUCUGCAGAUUGCUCAAGUUGAUAUGAAUCAAAUGUCAACUGAAAGUACAAAAGCAGCUUGGUUACAUAAGCAGUGGAUGGAAUCUCAAACACUUCAAUUAGAAGAGCAGAAGCUACAAAUUCAACUUGAGAUGAUGGAAUUAGAAAAACAGCGAUUCAAAUGGAAAAGAUUUAGCAGGAAGAGAGAUCAUGAGCUAGAAAAACUCAGGGUGGAAAAUGAGAGGAUGAAGCUUGAGAAUGAGCGAAUAGCAUUGGAGUUGAAGCGCAAAGAGAUGGGCAUUGUUUUUAAUUAAUUCUAUGGCACUCUCAGAUUUUGCUGUUCACAACAGUGAGUUUUUCAUGCAAGAUUACUUCCAGUUUUGUUAAGAUGCUGUUGAAUGUCUGCAGUAUCUUUAGGAGGAAGAAUUUAGGAAAUGUUACAAUGCUUGCAUAUAUUGUGAAAACUUAGGACAGUUACAAAACCUUUUUCUAGUUAUAUUGUUCGACUCUUGUGAAAUGGUAUUAUGCAUUCUACAAAUAUUUUAGCAGGGUUAAUUAUCUGCAUUUAUAGCUUUUAAGUCCCAGUCUAGAGUUUGAGCUACGUAUAUUGUCGCUGUUAAUGUUUGAGUUGCUCCUGCAUGGUUAUUAUGGAUACAUGAAUUAGCACAUUCCAGGA